GUAGAGACCGUAUCUGCGGGACUUGGGCACCAUGGCGGAACCCGGCAGGCCCCAGAGGAAGAUGUCGCGCUCGGGGAUCUCCCUUUAUGCUGUGUUGGGGCUGCAGAAAGGCGCCUCGCCGGAUGAGAUAAAGAAAGCCUACAGAAAGCUGGCGCUGAGGUACCACCCCGACAAGAACCCCGAUAACCCGGAGGCAGCAGAGAAGUUUAAGGAGAUAAACAACGCGCACAGCACCCUGAGCGACGAGAACAAGCGCAAGAUGUACGACGAGUACGGCUCCAUGGGCCUCUAUGUGGCCGAGCAGUUUGGGGACGAGAGCGUCAAGUACUACUUCCUCAUGUCCAAGUGCUGGUUCAAGGCGCUGCUGGUGUGCUGCUUCUUCUCCUCGUGCUGCUGUUGCUGCUGCUGCUGCCUGUUCUGCUGCGGGCGCUGCAAGCCCCCCGAGGAGGACGAUUCCUAUAAAUCUGUCAAUCCCGAAGACCUGGAAGCCCAGAUCCGAGCAGAAGAUGGUUCAGGGGGUGAUCCGAUCCGCGUGCAGCCAUCUGCUGCUCCCCCCAUUCACCCAGAGCCCCCGCGGCAAAACUCUUAACACGUCUCGGUAGCGGAUGAUGGACCGCGUAGCAGCUGCAUUGGAUCCAUUGGCCCCCAGAUUCCCGACUUAGCGCUCGCGGGGGGGAAGUAGCGAGGGUCCUAUAAUUACCUGGUACCUGUGCCACCAUCUGCCAAUUCUUCAGUUGGACUGCAAGGGAAGGGAGACACCCAGCAAUCUCAUUGGUUAGCCCUGUGCAUCCCGUGCCACUAUAGGCCAAUGAGCAGAACUGAUGAAUGGGUGCCACGGGCUACAAGGAGAUUUGCUCUUACUUUGUGAUGACCAAAGACCCCCCUGUCUGUCAGUUUUGCCCCCUUCCUGCCAGCAGCCUCGCUUCCAUGCGCUGCUCCCAUCUCACUGUGUUAUGCCCCAGGGGCACCAAGGAUCCAUUUGCCGUGGUGCUGGUGCCCGAGAUUUGCCCAUUAUGCUGCAGCCAUGAUUGGACAGACCUUCUCUUUCAUUGUGUUGGUGGGACUUCUGCCCCCCGUGUAGGAACGACCCCACCAUAGCUCAGACUGAAACUGCCACUGGUGUGGGCAUCAAGGAACGGUUGCUGUGCCACUCCCCAUUCCAAAGAGCAAUCAGUAACCAGCAACGCCCCCGAGGAUAAUUGACUGAUUGCCCUCCCCUGCGGAGCAAUCGGCUUUUCAUUGGCCACAUUUUAUUGUGUUGGGACUGACUGACAACUCUGUACCUAGGUGUGACUGGCAUGUAGGGCAGGGAGGAGCACAAAGAGAAUCUGAUCCCCAGCGGAGACUGGCACGUGGGCACCAAUCGGCGCCAUUGUCUGGUACUGGAAGGGACAUCCAAUCAUUACUCACAGUACCCGCUCCACCACUUUUGUCCGGUGUGUGAAUGGUCUGUGCCAAUCCCAGAAUUCAGAGCAUGUAACCUGGGGGAGCACAGUCUGUGUUGCACAUCAGUGUCAUUGGAUCAGACUGGAUUCCCUGUAGCCAAUCCUCUGCCAACAAUAAACCCCUUCCUUCUCUGCCA